CGGACUCGGAGCAGCCGCUCCCCGCACACUUUGAUUCCUCCUUCGCACCAGUCAAUUCCUUUGCUUCCCAGCAGCGUCGCCCACCAUGCCGCAAGCAUUGAGCUCCAAGGACCAAGCCUUGUUCCGUCAAGUAGUUCGGAACUUCGAGCAGAAGCAAUACAAGAAAGGUUCAGAUACAUUCCCUUCGCCUACCCCGCCUCAAAGGGUCCCGAGCUGUCCACUAACUGCCUUUUCAUUGCGGUAGGCCUCAAGACGGCAGAGCAGGUCCUCAAGAAAAAUCCAACUCAUGCCGAUACGCAGGCGAUGAAGGCUCUCAUUCUGAGCCACAUGGGUCAGUUGGAAGAGGCCUUUACGCUAGCCAAGGAGGCUCUGCGCAUCGACAUGAAGUCGCACAUUUGCUGGCACGUUUACGGGCUCCUGUAUCGGCAAGAAAAGAACUAUGAGGAGGCGAUCAAGGCCUACCGAUUCGCUUUACGAUUGGAACCUGAGUCGCAGCCAAUCCAGCGUGACCUUGCGCUCCUCCAAAUGCAGACGCGUGAUUUUCAGGGAUACAUCCAAAGUCGCAGCACGAUGCUUCAAGCACGCCCCGGUUUCCGUCUAAAUUGGACUGCUCUGGCAAUCGCUCAUCAUUUGUCGGGCGAUUUGGAAGAGGCAGAGAAGGUGUUGACAACGUAUGAAGACACACUCAAGACCCCGCCGCCCCUCACAGAUAUGGAGCACUCGGAGGCUUGCCUGUACAAGAACUCGAUCAUUGCCGAGACGGGGAAUCUGGAACGGGCUCUUGAGCACUUGGAGAAGGUUGGAUAUAGGUGCACCGAUGUUCUCGCUGUCAUGGAAAUGAAGGCGGAUUACCUCCUCCGCUUAGGCCGCAAGUCUGAGGCCGCAGAUGCGUACACUGCUCUCUUGGAUCGAAACCCGGAGAACUCAGUCUACUACAAUGGAUUGGUACAAGCCAAGGAAAUUGCCAGCGAUGACCACAAGGCAUUGAAAUCCCUCUACGACGAAUGGGUGGAGAAGAACCCGCGUGGUGAUGCCGCGCGCCGCAUCCCCUUGGAUUUCCUCGAGGGCGAGGAUUUCAAGGCGGCUGCGGAUGCAUACCUGCAACGCAUGCUCAAGAAGGGUGUCCCUUCCCUCUUUGCCAACAUCAAGCUUCUGUAUACUAACCCCGCCAAGCGUGACGCAGUUCAGGAGCUGGUGGAAGGAUAUGUUUCGUCGCCUCAACAGAACGGCUCAAAUGGGAACAAGGAUGAGUUCUUGGCAUCAUCAUACUAUUUCCUGGCUCAGCACUACAACUACUACCUCAGUCGCGAUCUCACCAAGGCUAUGGAGAAUGUGGACAAGGCCAUCGAAAUUGCACCCAAGGCUGUGGAAUACCAGAUGACAAAGGCUCGGAUCUGGAAGCACCACGGCAAUACCGUGCGCGCUGCGGAAGAGAUGGAGAAGGCGCGCCUUCUCGAUGAGAAGGAUCGAUACAUCAACUCCAAGGCUGCAAAGUACCAGCUCCGAAAUAAUGAGAAUGACAAGGCCUUGGAUAACAUGAGCAAAUUCACUCGCAACGAAACAGUGGGCGGAGCGUUGGGCGAUCUUCACGAGAUGCAAUGCACGUGGUAUCUGACGGAAGAUGGCGAGGCAUAUCUGCGACAAAGGAAGCUCGGCCUAGCAUUGAAGCGAUUCCACGCUGUCUAUAAUAUCUUUGACACGUGGCAGGAAGAUCAAGUCGACUUCCACAGCUUCUCGCUGCGAAAGGGAAUGAUUCGAGCCUACGUUGAUAUGGUGAGGUGGGAGGACCGUCUGCGCGAGCACCCGUUCUACGCUCGCGUGGCCAUCUCUGCCGUGAAGUCUUACCUUCUCCUUCACGACGAGCCCGAUCUCGAGCACGGUCCCAACGGCCUUGGAGUCAAUGGAGAUGUUGUCAUGGACGAGAACGAGCGUAAGAAGGCACUCAAAAAAGCCAAGAAGGAGCAACAGCGUCUUGAGAAGAUUGAGGCCGACAAGCGUGAGGCUCGCAAGGCCGCCGCCGCCAAUGCCAAGAGUGCCGAUGGCGAGGUGAAGAAGGAGGACCCUGAUCCCUUGGGCAACACACUUGUGCAGACAAAGGAUCCAUUGAACGAUGCGAUGAAGUUCCUGACGCCUCUUUUGUCAUUGAAUGCACAGAAUGUGGAGGUGCAAUGCCUUGGAUCCGAGGUUUAUCUCAAGCGAGGCAAGCACCUGCUGGCUUUGAAAUGCCUCUCGGCCGCCCAUGCCCUGGACCCCUCUCAUCCCGCCCUCCACCUCCAGCUGCUCCAAUUCCGCAAGGCUCUUGACAGUCUUUCAGAGCCUCUUCCUUCUCCCAUUGCUGAAGCAGUCGACGCAGGUUUCGAGAAACUGCUUCCCAAAUCCCAGAGCCUUGAGGAAUGGAACGAAACUUACCUGACAGCCAACAAAGACAGUGCCGGACAUGUCCUGGCCGCGCUGUCUGCCCGUCAAGCGCUCAAGCCUGACAGCAAGGAAAAGUGCGACAAGGACGUCGUGGCGCUGUUGGAUUCGCCCAGCAUCACUAUUGAUGAUGCAGUCGCUGCCCUCGAGACAUUGAAGAAAUGGAAGAGUGACCCGUCCGCUUUCCGUCAAAAAGCGAACGCAAAGUGGCCAGAGGCCACUGCCUUUCACGCCGAAUAG